AUGUCCUCCAUACCAACACAAGUUGCCGAAGUGAUCCAGACGGCGCAUAUUAAGCGCGAGCCCUCGCCCCGACACGACCUGAACCCAUCCACAGCAGCCUCGACAAGGGAACCCGCAUACCUUCCUUCUACUUCGCCGGGACAGCGACACGAGGCUGAAUCAGACGACAGCAUAGAUGCCGAUGAAGAAGAUGAGAUCCCGCUUAGUGUAUUAGUGCGACCGCGCGGAGCCGAGCGCCGUCGGCGCUCGCCUUCGUUCCCGCCGAUGCCUGACCUCCGCUUCGAACAGAGUUAUCUGCACAGCAUUGCCGGCGCCGAGACAUGGGGACGAGUUGCGUGGAUCACGGUACGGGAUCAGUUCCCGGUUGGUUUCAUAUUCCAGAGCCGUUACCAGGAGCUAGAGGAGGCGAUGCCUUCAAGCGGACAGUUUCCAUGGCUGAUUGACUGGUUGCAUGAUGUAUGGACUGACGGAUUCCCAUUUCUACAUCGUUUGCAGAUUAUGAUGCCCCUCGCCCAAGGUGUUCUCUAUAACCUCGCUAUAGUCGGCUGGCAACACUGGAAUCAAAACGCGCAGAUGAGCGGGAGCUCGGUUGGCGCCCGUCUUCGGCGCUGGUGGUACGGCGUGAAUAACUGGCCCCUUCCGGAGAGGGCAAAGGCAUGGGAAGGGCGUCGGGAAAUCAGGAUAAACGGUUCAUGGAGAUCAUGA